GAUAAUUUUUGAUUUUGAUGAUUCUAUUGCAACAUGGGAUACACAUUCCCGAUUGAUGAUGUUAGUAUCAUGUACCAAGGGGUAACUAAAAUACAUCUUAAAGAGGACAAAGUUGAUAUUGAGAAUAGGGCCCGAGAUGAGUUGCGGAUAUUCUUACCAUAAAGGAAUCACUUCGAGAAAAAGAAAACAUAUCUCCGAAAGUCACACAUAAUUUAUGUUGAGCUUUAGUUUAACCAAAAAAAGAUUUCGGUUAUAAAAUUUGCACCUAAUUGAAUGAGUAUAGGAGAUUAGACUAAAACGGCGUUAGAGGCAGGUUCAUACUGAUACAGCGAACUGCCUCGGUCCUAACAAUCAGAGUACUGCGUGUGGCCCCUUACACAUCGUUUCCUGUACGGGUCCCCAGAAUUGACAUGCAUAAUUACUGCGAUUUGACACACAGUUUUGUACAAUCGUAUGAUCAAUCAGGUGUUUUUUUCUUAAUGGAUGCGGGCAAAAAAAGAAAAAAAAAAAAGAUGCAGCCGACACGUAAUUGAUCCAUAUAAUGGAGCUAAAAGUCAUGAGAGUCAAUAAAUGACCGAUAUUUAUGUUAUGAAUACAUAUAAUUGAAAGACAUGUCUUUUAAAAUCAACGAUUAUAAUGCAUAUUUGACUACGUUAUUUGAUCGCAAUACUCGUGAUGAUGGAAAAAUGAGAGAUAUGGCACUGAAACAUCAAUUACAACAAUUACAACAAUUACAACAAUUACAUCAGCAACAACAACAGCAGCAACAACAAGCUCAACUGCAAUCACAACAACAAAUGCAACAAGAUAUUAUGCAGAUGAAUGAUUCUCCACAAAUUAAUUCUUCUGAAUUCCCACUUGAUUUUGAUUUUGGGUUAAUACCUGGAGCUGCAAAAUCACCUGGAGAUCCACUUAAUCAAGAAUUUGCACUUGAAAGUAGUCUUCCAGAUCAAAAUUUCGACCUUUUCGGAGAAAGAUUGAUAAAACAAGAACCUUAUUCACCUAUCUCAUUGCAACCACCCACAAGUGCAGAUGCAAUGCAAGUGAACCAACCUUAUCAACCUACCAACACCAGGGUCAAAAGAGAAGAAAAAAGGCAUCAACUGGCGCUGGCGGCAGAUCUGAUGACUCCUCCACCAAUGUUUCUGCCAACAGAUAAAAGUUCAAGACCUCGCGCAAAAUCAUCGCACAACCUUAUUGAACAAAGAUACCGGAAUAAAAUCAAUGAUAGAUUUGAAGCACUUCAAGAUUGCGUGCCCACACUUCGUGUAGUGUCGCAAAAUCUUGGAAAUAAUCGUCACUCUAAACGAGACGAUGAAGACGAGGAGGAAGACGAGGGAAGUGACAUGGUGACCCCAUUAGACGGUAUACCCAAGGUGAUAGAUUUGGAAGGACUCGAACCAGCCAGGAAAUUAAGUAAGGGGACAAUUCUUACCAAAUCCAUAGAAUAUAUUAAAUUCUUGGAAACAAAAAAUCUAAGAUUGAAGUUGCAACAAGAGGAGCUUCUUGCUAAGGCACAAAUGAUGGGGGUCCAUAUUGAGCAAGAAGAUUUAAUUUAAUGUAUAGAUACUAUUUAUGAUGAAUGAACAUAUUUUUUUCAA